CUAUCACCUACUUCCGUCAGAGAAGAAGAUGCUCCGGAAGCAGUGCCGGUAGCAGCUAACGCUAGCAUCAACUGAUUGGCGGGAAUUAAUCGGUUUGGAGUUCGUUGUUCUCUAUUUCUGACAUUUCGAGCAAAACCCUUGAAAACUGACGCGGAACUGCAGCCACCUGUUACCCGUGAACAGCCCGGAGCUAAGCGAGGUGAGGCUAACAAGCUAACCGCUAGCUACCUGUUACCCGUGAACAGCCCGGAGCUAAGGGAGCCCUCGAGUCCUCUGGCCUCCGUGUCUCCGAUGAUAUGAGCAGCUCUGCUCAGAGGAAGAGGAGGACCACAGGAAGCCCUCUUGGUUCCAGACCCUGCACCAAGACCAGCAGAGCGGCUAACGGCAGGAGGACUAACACUAACAGAGCAACGAAGAGGACAGCUGAUGGGGACCCUGCCCCCCCCCAAGAGACCAUCGAUGUGAUGGACAACACUGAAGGCUAUGUGGAGGAGGUGGUGGAUCUGACCUGUGAAGGAUCAGAAGCUGCCGUGGUCGACCUCACAAGCAACGACUCCGUUCUGGUAACAUCAGUCAAUCAGCCAUUCAACAAGUCAAUCAGUCAGUCAACAAGUCAAUCACUGGUGGACGAAGGUCCUCAGAACAGGAGAGUCCCCACAGGUGAGAGUUACAUCGUCAGCAGUGACGAGGACGAGGACACCCCUCAUGUCCUUAGUGCUGGCACAGUGUCCUCUGAACACACCUCCAGGUCGACUCCCGGGACAAUCAGCUGUCCCGUCUGUCUGGAUUCGUACUCUGAGAUUGUUGACAGCGGCCGAUUGGUUGUUUCCACUAAAUGUGGUCAUGUGUUCUGCAGUCAGUGUUUGAGAGAUGCUCUGACAUCAUCGCACACAUGUCCGACCUGCAGGAAGAGACUCACCCACCGCCAGUACCACCCCCUCUACAUCUGACAUCACUCUGACAUCAUCAGUGACACCAGAUGUCAUUUGCUGCUAAAAGUUUUUUAUUUAAAGUUGUUUUGUAUUGGAAACAUAACGCCUACAGUCAGAAGUUAUUGAUGAUUGAUAUGUUUCAUUUUCAGUUGAGUGUUAUCAUCUCUGAUCAUCUUAAAUGUUCAUUCCUUCAUGUGUAAAAGUAGAAAUAAAUUCCAAUGAUUCUGUGGAAA